UUCCAGCGAGAAGGCUUGUGGCUCGGCCCACUGCUCGGAUCUCUAACUGUCCCCCACCACCUCGGCCCGCUUGGAGUACAGCGCUCCUAGCGACGCGUUAGGAAGUACGAAACUGGCCACACCCCGGCCGUGUUGUUUCGCUUUGAAAUGGCGUGCAUCGGGCAAUCUUGCUGGACGUGCGAGAAACUGAACUGCUUGGACCUAUCUAAGAGCGUCUUCGUCUUGACGCCAAGUCUGCAUUCAAAACCAGAUUUGGAUCCUGCCUGCCAGUUGCAUCCCCUGUGCCAGAAGACUCAACUGCCCAGUGCACUGCAGGUCAAGGGAAGCCACGUCGUUUUGAGCGAAUCCUCACCAGGUCCGACCAUGGCCAACAAAUGCACUGUUUGCGCGAAGGUGUUCCAAAGCUUAUCGGCGCUCAAAAUGCACCUUCGCUCGCACACUGGGGAGAAACCUUUCAAGUGUACGCUGUGCAGCAUGUGCUUCAGUCAGAAGGGCAACCUUCGGAGCCAUGUUCGAACCCACACUGGAGAGAAGCCUUUCAAAUGUGCGCUGUGCAGCAAGAGCUUCAGUCAGAAGGGCCACCUUCAGAGCCAUGUUCGGACCCACACUGGUGAGAAGGCGUUUGAAUGCUCCAUCUGCAAUGUGAAGUUCAGACAUGAAACCCACCUUCGGAACCAUCUUCGAACCCACACUGGUGAGAAGCCUUUUGAAUGCUCUAUCUGUAAUGCGAAGCUUACCCGUGGAACUUCCCUUCGGAGCCAUCUUCGAACCCACACUGGUGAGAAGCCGUUUGAAUGCUCCAUCUGCAAUGUGAAGUUUAGACAUGAAGCCAACCUUCGUCGCCAUCUUCGAACCCACACUGGGGAGAAGCCUUUUGAAUGCUCUUUCUGUAAUGCGAAGCUUACCCGUGGAACUUCCCUUCGGAGCCAUCUUCGAACCCACACUGGAGAGAAGCCGUUGGAAUGCUCCGUCUGCAACGUGAAGUUUAGUCAUGAAGCCAACCUUCGCAGCCACCUCCGAACCCACACUGGGGAGAAGCCGUUUGAAUGCUCCGUCUGCAAUGUGAAGUUUGGUCAUGGAGCCAACCUUCGCAGCCAUCUUCGAACCCACACUGGAGAGAAGCCUUUUGAGUGCUCUGUCUGCCAUGCGAAAUUCAGUGUCAGUAGCAACCUUCGUCGGCAUGUUCGCAACCACAUUGGGGAGGUGGCCUAGUCCCAGACUGGUAUGGUCAUGCGAGUUUUUCCAUUUUCAGAGGUGGUGACAUGCUUUACUUUGUUGAAUUAAUUGAUCUUCUGUGUCCACGUAUGGAUCAUUGUUUUUACUAGUGCAGGAUCUUAUUCCUGACAAUUGUUCAAUCCCCAGAGGAUGGUGCUUGCAGCUGAAAUAAGCUUUGGCAACUCGCUGCAUGUGGACUGAAAUUGGGCAGUUGGCAGCCUCUGCAGUGAAUAUGAAGCACUCCUUUAACUUGUUCAAAGUGGUCCGUUACAUUUCAUGAACUGACAUCACAUUGUCGCAGAAAUAGUCUCUUGAAACUAAGACUGAUUAAAACAAAGAGUAUCGACCCUUAUUUCUCAUUUUGAGCGUGUCAUGACAGAAUCCACCUGCUUCAUAUCUAAGAACUAGAUUUGCUGGUUUUGUAGGAAACAUUUUUAUGUUUCUUAUGUUGUUAGUACUCUGCAAAAACUCCAUCACAAAGGGGGUAAAUACGAUAACGCCUGAGUUUUUUUAAUUAAUUCUCCUACCUCUAAUUUACCUAAAUUAUUUUUCCCUAUUCCAAUUGAUGUCUAAUAUAUUUGUCGUUUUAAUUCAAAAUUCUAGAUUCAAAAUUCUGCGAUGCAACUUUUUUUGGCAGUUUGUAGUCGCUCUCUUAAAUUUGGUUGGUUCGUCAGUGUGAUACCAAUGGCUGCAAGCAGGCUGAUUGUUGUCUGAAUUAAGGCAUGGAAGGCAAGCAUAUUUCGGCUUAUCUGUUAAAUUUAUUUUCUCUGUCGUUUCUCUCAUUUUCUUCGGUUUGGUUUUUUGUUUGGUUUGUUAAGCAAUUAGACCAAGUGCACCGUUAGUCUUCUUGAUUAAAUGUCUGUUCAAGUCUUGUCAUAUUUAUAAAAACCAACAAAUCGCCAA